UUUGCUAAAAUUGGGUCACACUGUUUAUGACAUCAGAUUUCUGUUUGCAAAAACUUAUUUUUCGUUGAAAAACAUUGCAUAUCCUUGCGACCAGAAGCUCCGGACAAGUCACCGUGCCCACAGCUAUGGCCGAUCCAAAGUUUCAAAACCUUCCGGGAAUCGCCUAUGACCAACCUGAUGUCUACGAAACGCCCGACGAUCCCGAGACGGACACCUCUGAUUACUACGAGGAAGAGCCCGAGAAUGAGGCUAUAGAGCGAAUGCACAUUUCCGCCAGCGCUGCCCACAAACGCUUUAGCGGAGCAACGCUCGAGGGAAGCGUCGACUUUACGGACCGAAUCGGUCGCCGCUCUGGCCGUGGCUACGAUAUGCGAGGCGCUGGCGAAUAUGAGCUGGUGGGACAGGGUGAAAAGGAGACUCCCGUGCAAAAGUGUCAGCGGCUGCAGAUCGAAAUGAACGAACUUUUGAAUGAGGUAGCCGCUCUGCAAGUGGAUCGCAAGAUUGCUGACGAGGAGAAGCAAUCUUACGAUGCUGUUGCCACUGUCAUAAGCACAGCCAAGAAGGUGCUGGAGACUUUGAAGCUGGAACAGGUUCUUGGCAAGGAGCAGGUGCCCAAUAGCAAGCAAGUGAAAGCACUCAUCAGCCAAGUGGAGGAAUUCAAGCAGUCCGGCGUACUGACGGCCAUACCAACACCAGGCACUGAUUUGGCAUCCACAGCUCGUGUGGCUAGUCUCGAGCAACGGCUAUACCAAUUGGAGAAGGCCGUGGGAGCACAGCCGGAAAAGCUAAGCCGUCUGACCGCUGCCACCAACACGAACAAUGUGCUGGAAGCUGUGCGCCAACUCAGCACCAAGGCUGCCCUACUGCAGCCUGACAAGCUGGACACCAUUGAGCAGCGCCUAACGACUCUGGCCGGGAAAAUGGACUCCAUUGCCGAGAAGUCCAGCGGUAGCUCCCAGGACGCCAAACGUGACCAGAAAAUUUCGGAGCUCUAUGAUAUUGCUAAGCGUACGGAGCCUGUUGUCGAAAUACUGCCGCAUGUCAUUGAGCGUAUGCAAGCUCUGGAGUCCCUGCAUAAAUAUGCGAACAACUUUGCUAAGAUUAUAGCCGAAAUUGAGCAGAAGCAGGGUACCAUAACAACCAGUCUGGUCAAUAACAAGGAACUUCUGCAUUCCGUACAGGAGACCUUUGCUCAAAAUCUGGAGACCAUCACCAGCAAAGUGACUAAAGUGGAGCAGCGCGUUACAGCAAUAUCGACAGCUAAAUAAGUGAAGGCACAGCACAUGAAAUAUGUAUUUCCAUUAUAUUAUCCCUUAUAUUUAUUAAAUAACAAACAUUCGAGUCUUUUUUAA